GAUCAAAUGAACAAGCUAAUUAAAACAAAAACAUCUUAAUUCCAGUAAAUAAUAGUUGCAUUUUAAUCAGUAUAGUAAUAAUAAGUUUGUUUUUUCAAACAAAAAAAGCGUCUCAUUUAAACAGUUAAUCAAUAAACUGGUGAUUUAUUUCAAUAUUUUUUAACAUGGAAUAAUUGUAAUGAAUAAUUUUGAAUUAUAAAAUAACAGUAACCAUAGUAACAGCUGAUCAUUAUUCUACUAAUAAAUGAAUUGAUGAUUUGUUUUGAACAAUUCAAUAAAAAUGUUUAAAAGAAUAUUGAAAUUUGACAAGUCGGAUCAUUUUCAAACAAAAAAUCCGAUAGAUAUACUCUCUGAACGAGAAAGAUGCAUAGAUCGUCGUCCAGCUUGGAUAAAAGCAAUAUGCGCAUUCCUUAUGAUAGCAAGCCAUUAUGGUAUACUUAAUGUUGGUGCUCUAUUCUACCCUGGACUAGAAGAAGCAUUAGAAGUUUCAAUUAGUUAUUUAUUUUGGCUUAUGACAGGACAAUUUGCAAUAACAUGUUGUUUAGCACCAUUAUAUAAUCGUUUAUUGGAUGUAGUAGCCACUAAACGUGCUACUAUUGUUGCUGUGAUGAUAACCAGUAUUGCUAUGAUUACUUCAGUAUUCUUUAAUAGUUAUUGGGGAUUUUUCGUAACGUAUACUUUAAUUGGAGGCGUCGGAAUGGGUAUCAGUGUUGUUCGUAUUAUAGCUAUCAUGGCAGGAUACUUUGAUCGGUAUAGAAUAUUGGCUUUGGCUAUUUGUAGUAGCGGUGGCGGUUUUGGGACAUUAUUCUAUACUCUACUAUGCAGUUAUAUGAUUGAAAAUUAUACCUGGCGUAUGGCUUUAAUUUCAUUAGCUUUAUUCCAUCUUAAUGUUAUACCUUUAAGUUUAUUACACAAACCAUUACCUCUUGAACCAAUUCAAGAACCCGUUAUCUUACUACCUAACGAUCCAGUAGCGUCUACAAUUUGUUUAAAAUCUGUUACAGGCCCACCAAAUACAUAUGAAUCAUUUAUAAGUACAACUGGUGGCAGUAUACUAACCAGCAUUGAUAAUACUGUACAAAGAAAUACAUCAGAGGCAAUACAUUCACGGAUAACCGGACAAGAUAUAAUUGGUGUUGUGGAGUUUGUCAAAAUUACUUAUGACAAAACUAAUUCAAAUCAGGUUACGGUUAGUCCAAUAAAUUUUAUCAACGACCCAGAACCACAUUUAUUAGAACGAAUUCAGACAAUAGUUGAUGAUUAUUUUGACAACGCGGAGAAUAUUAAACCAGAAGUAAUGCCACAUCCUAGUCUCACUCUGUUUCUUCCAAUCAUAUUUUUAGUAUGUGAUCAGCUGAGCGACUUUAAAACUAAUCUACCAGAGUCACAAUUCUUAGUUGAUAGUCGUUUAAGUGGAAUCGAUAAGUUAUUCACUGAUCAUGUUACUCACACGGGAUCAACUGCAUUUAUUAAUUCGCAAGCAAGUGUGGAACAAACACCUAAUGUAAAUAAAUCUACAGCUGCAAUAACAAUGGCUCAGACAAAGACAAAAACAACACCAGUUUUUGGUGAUUCAUUUACUUCGAGCAUCAUUCAGGCUCAUGAUACUAAAUACACUAAAAAUCUAAUAAGUGCAGUUAUUAAACGUGCUCUUGUCAAGGUAGAGGAAAUUUCAAAAGAGUUAACUUCAAAAAGUCUGUUGGUUCAUCCAAAACCACUUACUGUGAUCGUAGAGGAAAAAUGUAUUGAUUCGAUGAAUCCAAAUUUCUCAUCAGACUAUCGUUCUUAUGCUUUAAAGCAUGUCAAGCCGACUGAAGAUACAAUUUUCGAAGAAAAUGAAGUCGAUUAUCAAACUGAUGAAGAUGGGAACUCUGAUGAUACGCCAUCUACCAAAGAAUCUAAAUACAAUACUUCACAAAAUAAAAUAACUUCAUCUGAGCACCGUUUUACGAAUUCACAUUUAAACUUGGACCAUCCAAAACUUUCAUAUGAGUCUAGAGGAUAUAUUGAUCAAAUGAUACGAAGUGGAACUACCAUUUACCAAAGUCAAGCUGUCAUGGUACCAUUAUACAAGUGUAAAGAUUUGCCUGGCAGAACUAGACUUUUAUCGUUAACUUCAGUGGACGAACCUAAAGAAGCUGUUGACUUAAUGAUUUCUAAGAUAAAUGAUGAGAAAGUUGGAGAUUUAUUUGGUUAUGAGAUAAAGAAAAGGAGAAUGUCGUUCAUUAGCUUGAAAAAUAUUCUUUUUCUUAGCUUCCUCGUCAAUCGUUCUUUAAGUUAUAUGGCUGAUUCUAUACUAUAUGGUCAUUUCAUUAAUUUUGGUAUAAGCAGUGGAUUGAAGGAGGAAACAGCCAAUGGUUUACUUGCUUACGUCGGAUUAUCUAAUAUGUUAAGCAGAAUAGCAAUUGGACUUACUGGACAUUUUUCGAGAAAAUUAGAUAUUCGUUUUCUUUCAGCCGCUUGUUUAUUUGUUAUAUCGAUACACACCAUGAUAAUGCCAUUCUAUCCAACCUAUUCAUCUUUAAUUGCCUACGGCAUAUCUUAUAGUAUUUUUAUAGGACCAAGUUUUGCAUUUUCACAUGCAAUGGUUAUUGAUAUUAUGGGUGACAAAAAGGUAGAUAGAAGUUUAUCUAUGGUUCUUUUUUCUGAAGCAACUGGUUAUUUAAUUGGUGGACCACUAGGAGGUUAGUCUAACAAUUUUCUUAAUCGAUUUACGUUUUGUUUGUUUGAUUAGCUCAAAGUAAAUCCAUUCUAUUCAUUCAAGUGAAUAAAGAGAAUAUUGAAAAUACUAUUAGAUAACACAACCAUUUAAUUUAAUCUUUAUUAUACUACUUUGAGAUUAUUAAGUAGCAUGAAAUAGGAUAAACAAAUUAUUUGACUGAUUAUUAUUAUAUUGUGUAAUUGCAUACUACCGAAUCUUGUGUGAGAUAAAACAAAAUAUUUCAGAAUGAAAGUUCAAACUACUUAAAUUCCCUUGACUUUUGUCUAGAUAAAGCUAGUUUAUCAUCCAAAUGACCUUCAAUAAAAACCUGUCAUUAAAUUUUAAGUUAUAUAAACAACAAAAAUCCACCUCCUUUCAUUUUGUAAAGAAUAAUCAACUGUGAAAAAAUUAAACUACAGAACCAAGCGGUAUGAGAUAAUUGAAUGUAUGAAACUAAAUAGACCAAUUUCGGAUAGAUAUUAUUCUUGUUAACAAUCGUCACUUAGUAACAUUUAUAAACUCGUGCUAAAGCAUGAGUCUUUGAAGGAUGGAACUGUGGUUAUAAACAUUUUCAUUAAUCUACUUAACCUGCUAGUUGUUAGUGUAACGAACUAUCAUGGAGUACUAUAAUUUAGUUUCACAAUAGUUUUUUGUCUUAUGAAUCCUCAUUGGCAUGUCAAAAUUAAAAUUUCACUUACUGUUAUGAAACUGCGGGUAGAUUAGCCGAUAAAUAUCAGACAGUUGAAAAAGGAUAACUUCGUGAUUCAGUACAAAUUGAUUAAGCCUCAGUAAAUAUAUGGGACUAUUAUCUUUUCGUUUUAAUAUAUAUUGGUCAAAAACAUGAAAUCUAUAAAGAUACAGAAGAUAAUUCCUUAUUGAUUAAUUCGAAAAUAGGCAUACGAAUUAGCUAUAUUUCGGUAACCUGUCGCAUGACACGAGAUUUCUUUCUCCCACAAAAUUAAUUGUAAGUGGUACUUGACAUAAGAUGAACCAUUUUAUCAUCGUUACAGUUUUCAAUAGUAAUAUUCAAACGAUUAAUGAGUUCUUCAUACUAAAAACUAUUCCAUCAACACUUAGCAUUGAAUUGGUGGAUAUGAAAAUUUCUAUUUUGUUAAUUAUGGAAAGUUUACAGAAUUUUAUAAUAAAUCUUAUUUGUUAUUAUAAGACCUAUAUUGUUAUUUUAUCAUUAUUUUUACGCUUAGGUAUAAUCAAAGAUCAAACUGAAAACUAUGCAUAUACAUUUAUAUUCUCUGGAUUAUGUAAUAUUAUUUCAGCUAUGAUUAUAACCGUCCAUGCAAUAAUCAAAUUUAAUAUAUUCAAAAGAUUGAAACAAUGUUGUUCCAAGCAUAAUGAUUGACUGUUAUUCUAAAUAAUAAAUUAGUUUCUUAUAUAGGGAAUGAACAGGUAAAGUAAUGACACUAUCAUUUAUACCAUUUAGUAGUUUACUAGAAAAUAAGAAAUAAUAUUACUGCUUGAAAGAGAGAAGUAGUUUCUUUCUUUUAUUUUUAUAUUGUUUGAUGAAUUUCAUCAUUCUUCAAUUGAUUGUUUAUCAUUCACUUUCAAAAAUAUAAUGAAAAUGUUGUC